AUGGCACCUAAAUCCGAUGAUUCAAAUGAUGUACAAGUAAUUCAUUCAAGUGGAGACAAUGAAAGUGAACUACCAUUUAAAGAUCGCAUGGUAAUUCGUGCAGUAAAGCAAUGGCAAUCAACACGCAUUUGGGUGUAUAAUAAAGAAUAUCAGACAAUUUUUGGAAAUACAAGUUCAUUUUGGAUUAAAACGUCUAUUUAUUACUUUUUUUUCUACAUUUGCUUGGGUUUAUUCUAUUCCGGUAUGGUUGCUGUAUUUGCUGCUAUUUUAUCACGUGAAUCACCUAGAUAUUUGUUUCAUAAUAGUCAAAUGAGUAUUAAAGGAAAUGUUUAUCCAGGAGUGGGUUUUCGACCAAUGCCUGAUAUGACUAGUACAUCAGUUACUCUUUAUAAUGAUACAGCAUCAAUAAAUAACACGGUUGCUACAUUAAGAGGUUAUGUAGCUGUAUUUCUUACACAAUAUGAUACAACAUAUUUAUCAGAUUGUAGUCCAACUGCACCAGCGUCACAACUUCAAGCAGGUUUUUCCUGUAAACUUUCAUGGACUGAUGUUGUUACAACCGAAACACAUCCUUGUUCUGAUACAAAUCUAUAUGGUUGGGGAACGGGAAUGCCAUGCAUGCUUAUUAAACUAAACAAAAUUUAUGGCUGGUUACCACAAACCGGCAGUAUUGCUAUUCAAGUUGCUAAUUUUACAGGACAACCAGUAUCACCAAUUGAUCAACGUGAACAAAAUAUUUAUAUAACAUGUAAUGGAAAAGAAGCAUCUGAUAAAGCAGCACUUGGUCCAAUGAUAUAUUAUUCACUUUUAAGUCCACUUGGUAAUUCAAAUUAUGGUGGUUUACCUUAUUACUUUUUUCCUUAUAUGAAUGCUAAAGACAGUGUUGAACCAUUUGUAUUAGUACAAUUUACAUCAUUACCAUUAGAACAGAAAAUUACAAUUCAAUGUCGUGCUUGGGCACCAAAUAUUGAACAAUUUUCUCAAGGUUCAACAAUGCGUGGAAUAGCUGAAUUUGAUAUAACCAAAACAAAUAAACUUGGUCCUCAAAGUACUUAA